AUGGCUAUUAAUUUAUUUGAUUUUAAAGAGUGGAGUUCCAUGGAUAAUGGACUCUUUUUAAUAAAUAAAUUAAUAGAAUUUAAUGUACUUCCUGCCUCACGAAAAUGCCCGAGAGGCCAUGUUAUGAAAAUCGUAAAAGACAAUAGCGUUAUUGAUAAUUUUAAAUGGAUGUGUCGUGACAAAAUAAGAGAAAGAAACCAAAAAUCAAAACCUUGUAAUUACAGUGCGUCAUUACGUAAAGACACUUUUUUCUAUAAGUCACACUUGUCACUUUUAAAUAUUUGUGGAUUUGUGAAUCUGUGGUCGAUGAACUGUCCUUCCCUAGUUAUUCAAAAACAGCUUCGUUUAGCAAAUCAAACCGUGGUAGAUUGGAGUUCGUUCUGCAGGGAAGUGGUAUUCGAUCAUAUGAUUAAAAAAAAAACACAAUUAGGAGGCAUCGGAAAAGUCGUCGAAAUAGACGAAUCCAAAUUUGGACGCCGUAAAUACCAUCGAGGACACCGAGUAGAAGGACAGUGGGUAUUUGGCGGUUAUGAACGGGGAAGCGGAGACUGUUUCCUAAUUCCCGUGGAAGACCGAAGCGCUGAAACUUUGGUCCGCAUAAUCGAAGAAUGGAUAAAACCAGGCACAACGAUUAUUUCCGAUUGCUGGAAGGCCUAUAGCAGAUUAAAUGAAAAGGGUUAUAACCAUCUUACAGUUAACCACAGUGUAAAUUUUAAAGACCCUGAGACAGGCGCACACACCAACACAGUUGAGAGCACAUGGCGCCAUGCUAAAGUUACAUUACCUAACUACAAAAGAAAAAAAGAAUUCUACGGUGGGUACCUGGCAAAAUAUAUGUUCAUGAAAAAAUGUCGAAAUCAUGAACUAGACCCUACCGUAGAAUUUUUUAAUGCUGCUGGGUCAUUGUACAGCGUAGAUCUUGAAGAAGAUCUUGAGCUGUGA